UUGCCGAUGUGAGAAUCGCCCAGCAGCAUCUCAGCCGAGCAGCAGCGCAAAAAUGCACUGAAAUACGCAUCUUAGGACAUUUCCACCCUCUUUCGUUUUGCAAUGAGGGCGUGUGAUGGGAAUAACGGGGAUGUUCGCACCGGAUUACGUCCCUUUAUUUUGAGAGAAAUGCGGAUUGUUUUGCGCUCGAGGUGUUAACGCAGAAAAAAAGAAAUAUACAAAAAUGAAGAAGCAAUUCAAUCGGAUGCGACAGCUCGCCAACCAGACUGUUGGCAGGGCAGAAAAAACAGAGGUACUAAGUGAAGACCUGCUGCAGGUGGAGAAGCGUUUAGACCUGGUAAAGCAGGUCUCUCAUAGCACACAUAAGAAGCUGACCGCCUGUCUGCAGGGACAGCAAGGCACCGAUUUAGACAAGAGAUCAGUCAAAUCUCCCUCGAAAAAGUUGCCCCUGACAAUACUUGCUCAAUGUAUGGUGGAGGGAGCGGCUGUGUUAGGAGACGACUCUCUUCUUGGUAAGAUGCUGAAGCUCUGUGGUGAUACAGAGGAGAAGUUGGCCCAGGAGCUGCUCGUCUUUGAGUUUCAGAUAGAAAGAGAUGUUGUGGAGCCUCUGUAUGUGCUGGCUGAGGUGGAAAUUCCAAACAUUCAGAAACAGCGAAAACAUUUAGCCAAACUCGUCCUGGACAUGGAUUCUGCAAGGACACGGUGGCAACAGUCAUCCAAGUCUUCAAGUCACCCUAGUAAUGUGCAGCAGGGCGGAGCCAAGGCGGAUUCCCUGAGAGAGGAAAUGGAGGAGACGGCCAAUCGGAUGGAGAUUUGCAGGGACCAGUUAUCAGCAGACAUGUACAACUUUGUGGCCAAAGAAAUAGACUAUGCAAACUACUUUCAAACGCUCAUAGAGGUUCAGGCGGAGUAUCACAGGAAGUCUUUGGAGAUUCUGCAGAGUGUGCUGCCUCAGAUCAAAGCUCACCAGGAGGCCUGGAUAGAGAAGCCAUCGUACGGAAAGGCCUUAGAGGAACAUCUAGCCAUCAGUGGCAGGGAGAUUGCGUUUCCUAUCGAGGCGUGCGUCACCAUGCUGCUCGAAUGUGGCAUGCAGGAAGAGGGUUUAUUUCGGGUGGCUCCCUCGGCCUCCAAGCUGAAGAAGCUUAAGGCGUCACUGGACUGCGGGGUUCUGGAUGUGCAGGAGUACUCAGCCGACCCACAUGCCAUCGCAGGAGCGUUGAAGUCUUAUCUUCGUGAACUUCCUGAACCCUUAAUGACCUUUGAACUCUAUGAUGAAUGGAUUCAAGCCUCAAAUAUUCAAGAUAUGGAUAAAAGACUCCAAGCCCUUUUGUGUACAUGUGAGAAACUACCAGCAGACAAUCUGAACAACUUCAGAUAUUUAAUCAAGUUCUUAGCCAAACUCACAGAGCAUCAAGACUCUAAUAAAAUGACACCAGGUAAUAUUGCAAUAGUUCUUGGACCCAACCUGCUGUGGACACAUUCAGAGGGGAACAUGACGGAAAUGAUGACCACCAUGUCCCUGCAAAUCGUUGGCAUCAUUGAGCCGAUCAUCCAGCAUGCUGACUGGUUCUUCCCUGGAGAUAUUGAGUUCAACCUGACAGGCAGUUACGGCAGCCCAGUCCACACCAACCACAACUCCAACUACAGCUCCAUGCCCUCGCCCGAUAUGGACCAGUCAGAUCGCAAACAGCAGCACGACCAGGGCCGACGCCCACUCAGCGUUGCUACUGACAACAUGAUGCUGGAAUUCUACAAGAAGGAUGGCAUUAGGAAAAUUCAAAGUGUGGGUGUCAGAGUAAUGGACACAUCGUGGGUGAAGGGCAAAAGUUCCUCUACACUGGCCCGCAAAGCUUCAUCCACACCUCCGAGCGCACAACCGCCCGGCUCUCCUGCGGACACCCUGAUCACUGAGCAGCCCGGUGAGCUGGCCACAUCUCCAAUCCCCACUCCCCCUCCUGGAGACAGGGGCAGCUCAGACGACGUGUCGCCCAAUCGGCCGGAUUCCUCACAUGUCUAUUCGUCCCACGUGGAGGAGCGGCCACCCCCUCCGUACCCUUCCUCGUCCUUGUCCUCCCAUCCCGGCCCUCACCACUUCUACCCCAAGCCCCCUCCCUGCGCUCGGCCUGUCGCCCCCGGCCCCGAGUCCCAGCCUCCCGGCUCCCCGCCUCCGCCCCUGCGCUGGGCCGGCUUCGGCCCACCCCUUCCCCAGCCCCAGCCACCCCCGUCCUCUUCCUCCUCUUCCUCCUCCUCCUCACUCGAUAUCAACUCCAACCCCAAGCCUAGCUGCCUGCACUUUCCCAAACACGGCCCCGUGUGUGACGCGCCGCAUGCCGCUCCGCCUGACGCCAAUGCCUCGCCCCUCUACAUUAAAACCCCUCUCGUGCUGACCCGCCACGACGUGUCCCUCGGAAACCCCCCUAGCCUCCCCUCCUCCGCCCCCCCGCCGUGGGCUGCCUGUCCAUGUGCCCGCGAGAGAGGACCCCCCAGGCUGACUAGCACUCUGAAGAGCAAGGAGCUCUCUCCUGUGAUUGGCCACAAGGCUGUGCAGGCGUCAGGAGCAACAGUGCCCCCUGUCAGUGGUCAGCAGAGCAACAGCCAGUCUCCCCACUCUGCCGAGCACAGCCCCCACACCUUACGCAAAGCCUCUAAGAAACUAGCCCCUGUGCCGCCCAAGGUUCCCUACGGCCAGUCUGGGGGGAUGUCAGACCAAUCCACAGGUCAGCCGUCUCCGGUUAGCCUGUCCCCCACUCCCCCAAGUACCCCCUCCCCAUACGGUUUGGGCUGUCCCCCUGGACACGCGCCCACCUCUUCCCCUGGCCAGACCCCAUUAGGGGGGCCCCAUACGUUGUCCUCACCGCCCUCUCUGACUGGUACACUCACAAAGUCCCGACCCACCCCAAAGCCCAGGCAGAGACCCAGUCUACCCCCUCCCCAGCCACCCACCGUCCCCCCUACGGCCCCCCAGCCCCUGGAGCAGGGUCUACUUGACGGAUUGUCCCCCGGGGAGAGCAUGUCCACAGCAGAUCUCUUCAGUUUGGAAAUUCCCUCCAUCAAUGUCAAUCUGGACAGCCUGUUGGACGAGUUCAGGGUGGUCCCAUGCCGGAGCUCCUUUGCCGCGGUCAGCUCUCCGGAGGGGGAGUCCGUGUCCGAGGAGGAGGGCCAAAGCACCACGCUAUGACCCCUGAGCCCACCCAGCAGCAUGCCAGCUUCACCCAGAAUCCAUCAACUCCUGCUGAGGCCCAACUGGAACCCCACCUUGGCCAAACCCUGAGUCACGGAUACUACAUGAGAGACUCGAUGAGACGCCAACCACACAACAGGUGCCAUAAAAAAAGCAACAGAAUGGAUUUCGUUCAAAUUGCCACUGGAGGAACCUGGAGUUUUGUGUUACGAUUCCUGUUUCUCUCUGAACGAUUCUGUCUGUUUCGUUUUGUUGUUGUGUUGUUGGUUUUGUUUGAUUGGGAUGUUUUUAUUUCUGCCUUAUCAGAGCUGCAAUUACAAUACAAUGCACAUAGGAAGCAGUCUGCUGACUUUAAAGAAACCUCAAACACUUUGUCUUGCUGGAGGCUUCGAACUAAGACGCACCCUCAUGGUAUGAGAGUAGGCCGUCUUUGUUUUCCCUACAGGGUCCAUGCUAUGCUCUUUAUAGAUGACUUGGUGGCAUAUAGCAUGUUUAAGUCUAAUUUUGCAAUGCUGAGGUCUUCUUUCUUGCUUUCUUUCUUUCUUUCUUUCUUUCUUUCUUUCUUACUUUCUCUCGAACCUACACUAAUCACUGCUUUAGCAAUCCAAUCCAGUUGACCUUUCGCUAAGUCCCGCCUUAAUGAUCACUGACCAAUCCGGUCUGUUGCCACCCAUUAAAUUAUCAGACAAGUGCUCAUUUCUCAUUUAAAAUGAUUAGAAAAUACACUAAACUCUUUGUUGCCUGUAGCUCAAACAGUAGAGCACAGCGCUAGCAAUGCCAAGGUCAUGGGUUCGAUUCCCAGGGUGAACAAGAUCUGAUAAAAUGUAAAUGUGUACCUUGAAUACAAGUUGCUUUGGAUAAAAGUGUCUGCCAAAUUUCAUAAAUAUAAAAAUAAAUGUUGCCUCACAAAAGAGAGAUAAUGUUUUUCACCCUUUUCCAAAUCUUGGAAGUUGGAAUGCACAUGAGGUGAAUUGAAUAAUGUGUCCUUAACGCGAACCCUGGGUAUUAAGACUUGUAUGUCUUAAUAUAAUAUAAAUGAUGUCUCUUAUUGAAAUAUGUAGUAGAAACCCAUGAAAGACUUGCUUGAUUUUAAAAAAUCCACAUCGUUUUAUACAUAUUUUGGAAUAAUGGGGUGCACCAUUAUUUUGAUGUGGUAAAAUGGUUGCACUCGGUGAGCUACUGACACUACAUGUUGCUAUUUUUAUGGCAGCACAGCUCGGAAAAUAAAAUACUGAUACAAUGACCACAGCUACUGAAAGAGCUUACAGGUGGCAAUGGAUAGAAGCGUAGGCUUAAACCCAGUGCCGUACCAUAGAUUUUUCCCCACAAUGAGUCUUAAUACCCUGGGAAUUUGAGUGAAAUUAUCACUGAGAAACUCCUUCAGUGGCUGCGGUGUCAUGGCAAGCGUCAGCAUGUUUACAUCCUGCCAGGAUGGCAUCUAGCGUUUCUUGUCUCUGCCAUUUGUAAGUUCUUUCAGUAGCUGUGGUCUACUAAAAGCCUUAAAGGCAUCAGGGCUAAAGUGGAAAGAACAAAGACGCAGGAAGUUUUAUUCGUCCACAGGCAUCUUCCCAUUCUUUUCUCCUCUUCUAAUCGCUAAGAAAGCAGUGAAGACUUGCAUUGGUUCUCUUGUUGCCCUAUGACUGAAAAUGACAACAAAAAGCCACACAAUGUGGCAUUGUAUUAGUAUUUUAUUUGCCGAGUUGUGUUGCAAUAAAAAUAGCAACAGGUAGCGGCAGUAUCUCACUGAGUGCAACCAUUUUACAUCAUCGAAAAUAAUGGCGACCCCCAUAGUCCAAAAUAUGUAUAAAAUUAUGUGGAUUUUUCAAAUAAACUACAUCUUUCAUGAGUUUCCUUCUACAUAUUUCAGUAAUAGACAUAAUUUACGUUAUAUUAAGCAAUACAAGUCUCUUUGUUUGAGUGAGCAACAGAAACUUUGGGGGCGGGGCUUAACAAAAGUUAUUCAAUUUAACAUUUUGACUGAUAUGUGCAUUUAUCUGUGAGAGAACAUUAUCAGAACUUUCUGAAAUGCACAUAAUACAGUAAUAGAAACACAGCGACAACUGUUGCAGUAAAGUGUAUUUUCUUAAAGAGCCAAAACAAUAUAAUGCAGUACCUGAAAGCAAGGUAGGAAACCCAGGGUUCCCACAGUCAUGGAAAAUAUCAGGGUAUUUAUAAUAGCAUCCCUCUAACAAAUCAUUGCAUUUUCUCUAGCCUGUAUUGUUUUUUUUUUUUUUUCUGUUCUGAAAUAUUUUUGCAAUCUCUACACUGUAAAAAGUUUUCACCAGUUUCAACUUAAAAACUGAAGUUUAGCAGCUGCCUUAAAAUUUUUAGUUAAAUAAACUUAAAAGUACAAGUCAUUUCAACUCUUAAGUUAAAUCAGCUUCAAAGUAUGUCAUUUGAACUUUAUGAUGUUUUAUUAACAAGGUUCGGGAGGAGCUCGGACAGCACACCAAAUAUGCAUUACUGUACUCCGGCUAAUUAUAUGUAAGUGUGAACUCGUGAAAUUGUAGUGAUUUGAAUUGACUUGUAGUUUAAGACAGCUGUUGAACUUAAGUUUUUAAAUUGAAACUGGUGAAAACUUUUUACAAUGAAAAUGAUAUUCAAAAUCCUUAUCUUGGAAAUGUGUUUAUAGAAGGUGUGGGAACCCUGGCAAUCUCAAUUCCUCUCCCUUUACCUGCAAAACAGAAACAUUGCUUGUGUUAAAAUGGGUCACUGCAAACACUUUCCUGCAUAAAAAGCUUUUGGCAGCCACUGCUGAGAUUCUGGUUCUGUUCUAACGCACUGCCUUGCAUUUUCUGUUGUCUUUCCGCACCCAUAUGCCCUCCAAAGUGCUUCAAACGCAGUGCCACACUUUCCCUUCUGUAUAUACCAAUACUGUAUAUAAAGAUGUGUAGAUAAGUGUCAACGAGAGGACAAAUGUAAAGGCAAAUAUGAAUUAUAUAUUCAUAAAUGUGACAUGCCAUAUUUAUCUUGUAUAGAAAUAAUGUUCUAAGUAUUAUUUUGUCCCUGAACACUUUUUGUCAGGUUCACAUAGCAAGUGAGUUUUUUGCACUUUUGUAAGCCAUGAACUAGAUGUAGAAAUACGAACGCAGACGUGGCAGAAGUUUAGCUAGAGUUACUCCCGAGAGAGAUUUUAUCCCUAAACCGACCUCAUCGAUAACAGCCUUAAUCAACAGCAUAAAUCAACAACAAACUGUAUAGCUACUUAUUAUUACUAUUAGGAAAUAUAUCAACAGAUUACACUAAGCGUAUAACAUCGGUUCAGUCUUAGCAUUGCGUAGAAUCUGUUAGAUUAUAUAAAUGACAAUACAAUGGCCCCAGAAAGUUGUUAUGUGUGGAAUCUGUGAAUAAAUGACUAAUUAACUAGUCAUUUCUUCAGUUACCUUUAAUCAACUGUAUGUAUGAGGUGAUUUCUCCACUGAUGUCAUUCAUCACAUGAACAUACUUUUUAGGGCCACUGUAUAGCAUAUCUCACCAUAAAAUCAAUGGAAAAAUAACUUGGCAGGGAUCCUUUCCAAAAAAGAUAUCAGGCCCUAAAGAUCCUUCAAAGUCUCAUUGCUUUUCCCCAGACACAUGAGAUGGCACAUUGGUUUCAUGGGUAGACAACACUGCGAGACUACUGGAUGCUGCAAUUUCUCUUGUCUGAACUUGUACAAAAAUCGCAGGACUUUAAGGUCAAACAGACAUUAGCUCACUUCUGUCCCGUGGAAGGAAUGGGCACAACGAACCGUCUCCGUUCUCAUACGAAGGACUCUACUUCCAACGGUGGAUAGCCAUGGCUCGUUUUUCUCUCUCUUUGAAUAAGCAUUAGUGUACGUCAGGGACAAAAGGACUUUUUUGCUGAAAUCUGUGAUAUGCCUCAGUGUGUGUUCUUGAUGAAAUAUAGUCUACUGAUUAUUGGUGACUGAGUUCUAGUUGUAGUGAUUACACAAUGAUAAUUGCAAGUGCCCUCACAUUCAGUAUUUAUAACCUGAAGCUAACGGCGAGUUUCGUGCGUACGUGAGGUUCCGUCUGUGCCGUUUCCCGCGGUGUUCUGUGAGGAGGCAGUCGUGUCUGUUCGAGUGUGCUGACUGAAUGUGAUUUCGCCUUUACUUCGAAGUGCACUAGAGUAAAGGCCUUAUAGCAGCUGCAAUAGACGCAUGGUUUAUUUUCUGUAUAAGCGUGACACUUUUGCUCAUCUCUCUCUGUUAGCGCUCAUAAUGAAUGCUUUUGUUGUUGUUAAUGAAGACGUGAGAGGGUUUCAUAUUCCGGUUCAAUACUGCAUCUGUUAUCACACGCUGAAAAGACACAGGUAUAUGUUAUCAUAAUGUGAUUUGUAAAUUAAGAUCAUGAGAUUAAUGUCUUUAAUUUACAGCAGGCUAUGUUUAACAUUUAUAUCCAGUAAUUUGAAGUUCAAGAAAUUGUGAAUGGAUGUAAUAGCCAUGAUGGAACUUUUUUAACCUGAUCAAUUGUACAUAACAUAAUUUUAACUGACAUUUGACCCAUACAGAAUCAGCACAGGUUAUAUUUCACCCCAAAAUCAGAAGAAAUGACGAUUAAAUGAUUAAAUCAAAUGAUUUUCAUGAUGAUUAAGCACAAUAUCAUUCCCAAAUGUCAUAAAAAAUAUAUAUUCAAAUUAUGCCACACUAUGUAGUACUUUACUUAUAACAAUAAAAAAAACUUUGUAUAUUAGUCAUUUUUAAUGUAAUGAAAAUGCAAAAAAUCUUAAAAAGAGAACAUUUUAUUUUGUAUUUUUCUUUUGAUUUUGGAGUGAAAUGCCCUGACCUAGACCUGUUGUCGUGAUGCUUUUCAUUGCAUUUUAUGCACUGAUUAUGGGAAAUCAGUACAGAAUUUGAUUGGAAAUGUGUUGAAUUCUCAUUGAGCACUGUAAGCAUCAUUAUAUAAGUCUAAAUGUAUGUUAAGCCCAACAUGUAAAAGGCAGAUAUCUGCAGGUACAGAUUCCAUGCAGGCCUACCAAUGAGUCAGAUUUGAUUCAAAAAAUUUCUCUUAUUACUUGCUUAAUAGUACAAUUACAGUACAAUUUACCUUUUCAAAAUAGGAUUUGUUAAAUAAAACAGUCAUCUAAGGCACCAUUACAAAGAUAUAAUUUGUGCUGAUACAUUUAUUUCUUAAUCUAUCAGACAUUUUCAACAUGAAAAGAAUUAAUUAUACAAAGAAGCCACAUUUUUUUUUUUUUUAAGCAGUUUUAACAGUGACAAACUGAACUUAAGACUUUUUCUCAAUACACAUAAUCUGUUUUGAACAUUUAGGUUGCUAUAUCACCCAUUUACAUCAUCCUGUGAAAGCCAGCAAGUUGCAGUGACAGAGCAUGCAUUUAAUUAUUCCCUUUAGAUAUUCACACGUGUGUUCAUUAAAACAUUAAUAGUUCAUAAAGGGAGUCACGAUGAACCAGGGAUGUGUGAACAGGUGAUUCAAAGGUGAUAAGUUGAUCAGUGCACAUUGUCCAACAAUGUACAGCCCUCUUCACCCCCGCUUACCGAACUAAUGUACAAAUCUGCCUGUAAAUCACCCUCCUCAGCUUAGCAUAUCAGUGGAAGAACACAGUCUGUACUGUGAAGCCUGCCGCAGUCCUUAUCAGAAUGUCAGAAAUACAUAGAUAUAUAUUAAACUCUACAUUUGUAAUA